AUGUCUGAAUUGGAGGCGUUAGCAGCAGGGUAUUUUGCGACCAGCAGCGCUGAUAGGAUGGCUGCUAGUCUCAAGUUCGAUCAGUUUUUAGAAGAGGAUCCUCAAUCCAUCUUUAACUUGGCCCAGGUUACCUUUACCGAUUCCCAGCAGUCCCAGGCAAUAAUAUUAGCAGCCCUCCUGAUUAAGCGGUACCUUUCGUCCAAAUACUUUGAUCUCGCUAAGGCUAGCAUUCUUGCUGGUCACACACCCCUAUCUUUAGAGUCAUAUGGCAUGUACUCCAAUCAGCCAAGGUUCGGUUCCUUGUCUUGUGAAGAUAUUGUUUCUAUGGUCCAAGUCUUGCUUAGCAUUUACCAAAACGCAGUCUACCAGUGCGACCAUAUUCGGAUGAAUCUGUCCAUAGACACUGCCCUCCUCAUAAUGGAUGCAACUAGGGACUUCAUUUCUUAUGCACUUGUUCUUCAGAAGUAUUAUCAGAGCUCUAUUUCCCAGACCAGCUUUUCCGGGUUAUCUAUUUUGUUCAAUCACCAGAACAUUUUCCGCAUAUCAACCCGUGAUGACGUAUAUUUGUGUGCGGAGCAAUGCGUUCUCUUUUUGCGAAAUCAAGCCAUCUCCUCUUCCUUUGGAUCUGCUACAUCUGCUCAAAGUGACUUCAUGAGCUGGGUUCAAACGAGAACAGACUGCAGUACUGCACUAUUCAAUGCCGUCACACGGUAUUCUGGCGUUGACUUUUCAAAAACAACUAGCGUGAUAAAUGUUACGUCUUAUAAUCCCUAUCGGAAACUCUUUUAUGCUUACUGUGCUCCUACAACGCAAGGCCCCAGCAUGACAAAAGCACCGUAUGACUUCUCGUUUGUAGAACGCUUGUAUGAGGCGCUUGCUUAUAUGCUUUCUCUUACUGACACUACUGCAACAGGCUACUCUGGACCCAUGCUGGACAAGCUUGUUGAAGGAAUACUAUCCACUCUGAAUCUUCUUUAUGUCGUAAUCUCUAUGGAAGAGAUCUAUGAUAUCCAAGAAAGCAAUGAAAGAGGGCUUAUGGAGAUUCAUAUGGGACGGAUCACAGAUAUCCUUACCUCCCAAUUCUUUUAUCCCUUUAUUUCUACCUUCUCCAACACAGCAUCCUUCUUUGCAAAGGUCCUCUUCGCACUACGGAGGUCCUCUCGUCCAAUCGCCUUCUUCUCCAUGGAACCUAUAUUUUAUAGGUAUAUUGAAGCAGCUCGCAGAUUGACUCUCUUUCUUCAUGGAUACGAAGAUAUAAUAUCUUACCCAGAAGCGUCUUCUAUGUUAAAGUGGGAUGCCCUUCAAGGUAUGCUGUUAGACACAGGACAGUUGCAGCUAUCUCUCUCCGCUGACUAUGUGGAGGCAGGAGGCAUUAUGAUGAAGUUGUGGCAUAAGUUUGGGCUUAAUCUUUCGUAUCUUAGUCCAGCCUCGGACAAGGUCAGAGACAUUGUUAAAUAUACACAAGAACUAUGCACAGAGAUGUUUUAUGCAUACUUGCUUGCUUUUCUCUAUCAGUGCAGUAACUUUUACAACGAAGAGUCAUCCCACAUGGAACAGCUUGUUCGAAACCUGAACGAAGCAUACUCUAAGGUCGAUACAGAAACAAGGGCAAAAGCAGUAUAUCAGCCAGGUGCAGAUAAGGAUCUAGACAGGGUGGAAACCCCAAAGAAUGCUGAUAGUGAGUAUUGCGAAGCAGGUCAGCCAUCCAGCACGCUAGCAGAUUCGUACUUGGGCAGAUUUAGAUCCUUCAUUUCGGCAAUUGCUGGGAACGCAUCGUUCGAUUUGCUCGACUUUAGUGUUCACACUAAGAACAUGACGUCAACGUAUGAGAUAUCGGUAGCAGCUAUUGAUUCAGAUAUGUGUGACACGUUUCUUAAUACGUCGCAUCCACUUUUGCUGCUGAGGAUUCGGGGGCUUAUCUAUGCGUUUUCUCAAGCACUUACUAAAAUCCAGGAAAACAUAAAUCAGGGAUGUUUCACACCAGCCGAUAUUACUACUCUACAAGCGUCCGAAUCCUGCUUUUCUGUAUCUGCUUCCUACUUCCUAUUUUUCUUUAAGGUUCUUAGGGCGUCUUCUUUAGAUGAUAAGGAUUUUGUUGUGACACUUGCUCAGACAUCUGUCGCACUCUUUCAGUUUAUAGGCUCUUGGCUUCAGUUCAACUUUUCCCUUUAUGGGCAAGACAGCCCUGUUACACCAUACCUAAUUAAUAGGCCAUCAUAUCACCUUUUUUCUGUCAUGGCAGUGGAGUUCAUUGACUCCAUGGUGGACAUCACAUCUCGCUCCACCAACAGAGUUGUGUUUAGAGAUGUAGCCGCUGCUCUUAUGAAUCAGGGCACUCUGCGCAUGUCCUCAUCAUAUGCCCUAGCGACAAGUUUGACUGAAGCAUCGGUCACCGAAGAUCCUCUGAGUCUUUCUCCAAGCGACUUUAUUGCGCCCUUUCUGUUUGAUCUACAAUUCCAACUCAAUCUUUUGUACAGCUCCAUAAUAGUUUCUAGCCAAAUGCAUGUCCAGCUGGAGCAGGCCAGGGAACAAGCUAGACCGGGACAAUCACCCAAUAAGCUUACCGAGAUAUUGGGCAUCGUGUUUUAUCUGGACCAAGAUCAGCCGUAUUACAUUAUAGCGUCAACCUUAAUUAGAACAAAGUUUUCCAGAAUAAGUGAGCAUUAUUGCACUUCUCAGCUAUUUCAGCAGCUUGUCAAAGGUAACCUAGCGCAAUCGUCUUUUAAUUUAGCCCCUCUCAUUUACAGCCUCUUUAUCGGCAUACAUAACAUAGCCCGCAAUUACACUACAAUCCGCAUGUACUACAAUGCGCUUAUGUCAAUGAUCUUGCGCGAUCCUAUUAACAAAACAGGACAGACAGCUCUCCUCAUUGUCACCCUCUGUAACCUAGUCAACCUGAUGGGUGCACCCUCCAGUCCGUGUGAGCUGAUCAACUUUCACAUCAAUGUUUUACAGCAAAAUCUCACAGGGUCCCUGGCCAGUUCCCCCAUAAUAAAAAUAGUUGGCCCUUCUAAUGAAACAGGACCCGCCGGGUCUAUGCCAACCAUGCCUAUCACCACGCAACUGACACAGAGCGAAAGUAUAGGGAUCAAUGCAGCACACCUCACAUUUCUUGUUUCAAAGCUUAACACGCUAAGUCACAAUAAUCUUCAGAUUCCCAUGGCAGAGCGUGAGUUCAUCUUUGGGUACGUUCUUUCGGGGCUUCUAGGGGUCCUGCAAAGUGUCAAGGGAGACAAUCCCAGUCUUAUAAGCUUCGUUAAUAUCCUCAGUUCCCGUCUUGGCCACAUAAUCACGUGUAGCAUUGCUAUCGACUCGUUCACGGACAUGUUGAUUGAGCUACUGAUAGAGACGAACGCAGCUAUCGACAACAAAAAGCUUGUUGGGGAGCUCCGCAUCUCCGCAUCGAACCUUCGCUUGAUGACCAACGCAUUUCUAGAGACGCUAACUACAAACGUAUAUAAGCAGUAUCACAUCUUGCUGAAGUGCGUCAAUGUCGUUGCAAAUCUACAAAGGAUGCUUACCAGCAGCUCAAGCAAGUCUGCGCAAACGUUGGGAACACAAGGCGAACGCUCUGCAGAUAUGCUUUCCCUGGAGCUGCUUCUUACGCAGGCUUCUGACAAGGAUUUUCCCGACAUUGUUCGCCAACUCUCGAGUGGAUUGAGUAAGGCGGAGAUUGACUUUGAUCUUCCCUAUAUUCAGCUAGUGUAUAAGGCACUCCUGGCUCUUAACAUGCCAGAUAUCUCGAGCGAGCAGAAGCUGUCGUUUCUUGCUAAGUGCGAAAAUCAGCUUCUGGAACACGUGUCCAGGCACCAUCUUUUCCGCCUACUCUCUGCCAUUGUCGAGCUGGGGACAUAUCUCUAUACAGAAGCUACCACUGCUGCUAACACUCCUGCCUGUCAGAAUAUAUUAUCACUUAUUGCGCUCAUGAACAAAGACUGGAUGCUUGAUUACAGACUCCAUCACAAUUGUAAUCUUCUUCUUAACACAAUAGACUUCCUCCACGUGGUUUUGGUUAAGAACCCUGAGAUUAUGGGCGCUCUUCCGAAGUAUGCGGUUCGAACCAUCAUGGCACUGCUCUGCGAGGCUUCUACCUCAGACAUAGUCACUGACACAAAGCAAAAUAGAAUACUGGUCUCACUGCAAUCUGUUUACAUUUUCCUCGCAAAGGCCUUGAUGAGCAAUACCAUCACAAACUCAUUUAGCCAAAUAAGUAAUAGCGGCUCAAACACCAUUAAUUUAGAGUACACUAACAACAUCCUCGGGUGCCUAACGCUCUUCAGUGCCUCAACCAUCUUCGAUGAAGAGAUCACAGCAGCAGCAAUUAACAUACACUCUUAUAUCAUGGACUCAGAGCAGACAUAUGAUUCUCUUAAGCUAUACACGAAUCUCUCAAAUAUUCCUCAGAAUCUUGGAAUCGGGUCUUCUCCAUCUUUAUUAGGCUCCAUAACAAAUUCGAUAACGUCUUCUACUGCCCCCGGGAGCAACACACAUGCUAGCCCACUCUGCUACUCAUUUACAGAUGGCCUAUCGACGGCUGUCCCCAUAAACGCUAUGGUCUACGUAAUCCAAGGGGUUGUGGAUAAGAAGAUAAAUAUGAUAAUUCAAACAUCAUCAUUCAUCUUCGCUUGCGCACAGAUUAACCAAAAAACUGCGGUGAUAGCCGCUAUCUCACGCAUCAACAGCUCUGUAAUCGUGCAGAUUGUGGCGCAGCUUCAACAAUUGGCAGAUGCUAUCGACAUAGAUUCGCACAAAAGGUCGAAAUUCACCGAAGCAGUAUCUGACAUCUUCAUGAAGCGCAAUAGCGCCAUAUAG